AUGUCUCUGAAAAUAAAGAAGGUAGUGGACAACAAAUCAGAUGAGACCAGAACGCCUGUGAAACUUAUUCUUCUUGGCGACAGUGCGGUGGGGAAAUCGAAGUUGGUAGAGCGUUUCUUGAUGCAGCGCUACAUUCCGGUGCAAAUGUCAACAUACGCCCUAACGUUGUAUCACUACGACUUUAUCAGCAAAGAUGAUGAGGCGAUAGAUGUUGAUAUUUGGGAUACAGCAGGUCAAGAGCGUUUUUCAACGAUGCAUCCCGCGUAUUAUCAUGAAGCCCACGCAUGCAUUUUGGUCUUUGACAUGACGCGAAAGGCAACUUAUAAAAACCUGGAGAAGUGGCUUAGUGAGCUACGCAAUUAUCGGGAAUAUAUUCCCUGUGUUGUGGCAUGCAAUAAAAUAGACACAGACCCAUCUGUGGUGUCUAAGACCUUUGCAUUUGUGGAGAAGCAUGGCCUUACCUUACACUACGUCUCCGCCGCAGACGGCACCAACGUUGUGCAGAUGUUUGAGGAUGCUAUUGCGGAAGCCGUGAAGUACAAGAAGAGUCCAAAGAACGAGGAUUUCAUGACACAGGUGCUCGGCCUUAUAAAGGAAGGCAAUGGUAAGGACGAGGCGGCAACAUCACUUUCCCCCGGGAACUGCCCGGAAUAA